AUGCCUAUUGGCUAUUUCCCAACAUUUAGUAAUAAGUUGCUUCUGCCUACUAUUACAGUACACUACAGAAGUGCAGACCAUAGUUGUUGCAGUAGUACUACUCUAUUGUUACGUGGUUCAGUGUACGUCGCAGUUUGUCGAGUGUUGCAGCCAUAUUUGCAGUUAGGACGUACGAUCCAUUUGAUCAACAUAACUCAUAAGACGACGAGGAGACGAGUAUUCACAAUUUUCUGCUUUAACUACGCUUCAAUCGACGACGACGACGACAAAUUAUUUUGUCAUUGCCGUAAACGCUUUACUCGCGCUUUGAUCGUUAAAAUAAUAUUGCCAUCGCCCAUCAGUGUGGUGCUGUUGCUGCGUCGACGUGUUUUCACUCUUUCCCGGAGCUGCGCUCGAGAUUGUCGUCGUCAGUGUUUGGACAACUGUUUUCUGAUUCAUUUUAUUUCCGUUUUUACAUCAUAUUUCAAAUUUCAUCACACCUUGCUUAGCGCUCAUCCAGCAGUGCGUAUGCCGUAA